CAGACUCAAGGAAUAGGAAAGUUUUCAUUGUUUAAGUCAAGUUUGUGAUAAUUCAGACAAGUCACUUAGAUAAUCUUGUAUUCUAUAAUUUACCUUAUUAUUAUUCAUUUCUAACAUAUAUUUUCGAUCAGAUUUUGGUUUUCUAUAGUCUCAGUUGUGUUUAUAUAUUUAUUCAUAAGUAAAGAUGGGUUUUGCUUAUAUUUUCUAAUAUGGUACUGAUAAAUUUCACUUAACUUUCUGAUUGCCCAACCUAAAAUUCUAGGCUAACAGAAUUAAAGUCAUGAGAUAGAAAAUUGUUUGUUCAUUUUCUUAAGUAGAAAUUCUUUCCUUGUGAAUACUGUUCAUAUUUUAUUAAAAAGCAUUUUUGAUUUAAUGGAACAGAAAAUUAUAAAGAAGACAUGAGAUGUUAUUGGAACAUUAUGCAAACAUUGUGAGUGACUGAGUUGAAUCAAUAAAAACUCUGAAAGCCUAGGUAAAUAUUAUAUCAGCCACUAUGUGAUGGUUUCUGUCCACUCUCAGGACUAAAAUUUUUGAAAAAAGAAGGGGGCUCCAGAACUCCAGUUUCUAUUUAUGGGCGUUGUUAUUUAUAUUAUUGUUCUUAUACUUUUAGACAUUGCUUAUUUAUGCUAACCUAUGGUUAAAUAUAUUUAUUUAUUUUUAAUUAUUUGUUUUAAUAUUUUAUAUGUCUGCUCUUCUGUAUUAAUUGUAUUAACAAACAAAUCUCACAUUAUUAGUCUGAAUUUACUGAAAUAAGAAUUUAGAAUUAGAAAUUUACACCGUAUUCUUUCUAAAUAUAUAGAACUUUUGUAGGUAAUAUCGGGUGAGCAAUAAGAUAGUCCUUAUGACAAAUAAUUAAGAGUAUUUUGAAGAGUAAGAAAAAGAGCAAAUAGGUCUGAAUGCACUGUGCAUAUUUGAUAUUUACCUUUCUAAUUACUCAACCAAAAAUUCUAGACAAUUGAAUUAAGUGAUUUGAAAGACAAUUUUUCUCUUUGUUAUCUUUAGUGGAAAUUCUUUACACAUGGACAUUUUUAUAUUUUACAGUCUUUUUUAAUCUAGAUAGAGUAUACUGGAUUUUUUUAUUCUUCUUUCAUAACUAAAUUCUUGUUGUUCUUGAAAACAUGAAGGAGUGAACUCAUCUUAUUCCUCCUGGGAUGUCUCCUCCUAAUUUUCAUUUAUUAGUCUUGUUGUGACUUUUUGUACAUCAUUUUAAAUAUUUAAAUUAUUUUAACUUAGGUAAACAUUAAGCUGCUUUUAUUAAAUUAUUGGGUAAAUUUUCCAAGUAAACGGUUUUGCAAGUCCCUCAUACAAUCUAAGCACAUUUGGUAGAUGUCAGUGGGAAUUCCAAAGUUCAGUUCCUUUUAGUUCCUUUUCUUUUUUUUUUUUUUCAUUUGAGGGAACUAUUUUUUUAAUCCCAUCAUUUAUAAUUAUAGUUCGAGAAUACUUUAGUGCAUUUUACAUACUUUUACUAAGUCUAUACUUUAAACAGAACUACCAUAGGACUGACUAUAUUACACAAGUGAGAACCGCUGGGAAAUAUAUAUAUAUUAAUUCUGAAUGUUGAUUUCUCCAGAGACAAUACUUGAAGGAUGAGACUCCAGAGGGAGAUGAUUCUCACUACUCUUUUUCUAACUAAUCUCAUGUUGUCUAUGCCUACAUAUAAAAUGUUUAUAGAAGCCAACCCUUGAAGAACAAGUGACUUUGUUAUUCUGCUUUAAGGAACAUUGGUUCAGGAGGUAAGUCUGUGCAAUCUAUCUCUCACGUGUUCAAAGCUAUUUCUCCUUCUAAUGUAAAGGAACAGAAAAGCACCCAACAUCUAGCUGUCUGGGUAGAAGGAAUGGUAUGUCUAAAUUCAAGUCCUUAGCCUGUAAAAUUUGUUCUAUAUUCUAUUGUGAUUAGACAUGUGUUACUUAUUGCCUCUCAAUAUCCAUUUUCAUUUCAAGAUCCUCACUUUCUUUUUAAAAUGGAACUGAUAAUGCUGUUUUAUUAAUAUCUGUUUCAAUUUAAAAUGGUUUCUGAAAUUUCAUAUAUAAAAACUCUAUACUUAGAUUGUCUGAAACUUUCCAUCUCUCCUUAGCAACUCCUCAUGUUCUCUCCCAUCAACUCUCACAUUCCCGACUUCUUCAAUACUUAUUGCUACAUAUAUACACACUUGCUUUGUAUAUGUCACACAUAAGCAUGUACACACACACACACACAUACAUACAUAAACACAAGGAGUACAUUGAGUGGAGCUCAUAUGUGUAUGUUUUUAGGACUAAGCAGUUGGGAAUGGAUAACUAUCCUGAGUUGAGUUAAAAUUGUCCCAAUAUGCUUAUAUAUUUAAACAUUUGCUUAGAGCUUGGAAAACUAUUUUAAAAAGUUUAUAAGUUGUGAGAUGUUUAUAAGAGAAGUUAUUUUGUUAGAGGACCCAUGUCACUGGGGAUGCGUUUUGAAGUUUCAAAAGUUCAUUCCAAACCUAGUCUCAAUCUGUCUAUAUCCGGUCUGCAGAUCAGGAUGUAAUUUUCUUGAAUAGAUUGACGCUGGUUAUAUAAAUCACUCAGGGACAACCUUUAUGUUCAAGAGUAGUUGGACAAAAAAAACGAAAAAAAUAAAAGAGUAGUUGGACAAAGUACAACAGAUUUCACGAGGCUUUUUUUGUUUGUUUCAGUUUUGUAUGUGUGAUUUUAUUUGGUUAUGAUUUGGUGGUUUAGUUUGAAGGGACAUGGCAUCAUUUUAUUUUCUUGAUUUAGGGAAGUUUGCCAUUGUAUUGUGUUUUUGUUUAUUUUUAUUUGGAAAGAACUUAAAGUUGUGAAUGUUGCUUUAUUUUAAUUAUUUUUGUAAUAUAUUUUAUAAAAAAUAUUGAAUAAAACACAAAUCUUACCUUAACACCAACAAUAAUAUGUUAAAUGGGAUAAGGAUAUAAGAGUAAAGCUAAAAGGAAAAUUGCAACAUAAACUGUGGGAACUCUACUCAAUGUACUUUUCUGUAAAAGUCAUGUAACAUGAUAUGGUACAAAAAGAGAGAAGGUUUUAUUUCUUAAUAUUCUCAAAAAAUAUUUUUGUUGAUACCAUUACCUGAGUAAGGAUAUUCACAAUUGUGCUAUGGUCAUUCAGGAUCUUUCUAAAUAACAUAUUUAUUCCUGUGUCUUGUUAAUCUAUCUUUUUUUUCCUAUUAUAUAGAAUCCUGAAGAGUAGAUCUUCUAUAUUCUUUAUUUUUCUAUCCCGAUGACCACAUAAAUAAUAUUUAGCACUUGUACAUUUAUUUUAAUAUUGUUCCACAUUAUUGAAUACCAGCACAUAAAUACUCAUUACUAUUUCUUGUAAAUUUCAUGGCAAUUUUUUAUUUAAUAUCAUCCAUAUUAUUGAUAUAAUGUUUUAAAACAAAAUUAAGAUGAAAAUAUACAAAGUAUAAAUCUAUGAAAUUAUGUACCGUAUACAUGUGUAUGUGUGUGUGUUUGUUUGCAUCUCAGUUUACUGAUAAUAAAAACAAUUUUUGUAAUUAAAUAAUUUAGUAUUUUGCAUCUGGUUCAUUCAUAUUUAAGAUGAAUUUCAGAAUGGGAGCUCAAGAAAAUACAAUACCUGUAUUGAUACAAUGCAGGUAUUGAGGAAUGCUGCAACAAGCACAAAAGUAUACAAGCAUUAAGAGUUUCCAAAAGAGAAUGGAAGAAGUAAAUAAUACUGCUGUGGCUGAAUUCAUCCUUUCUGGAUUAACAGAGAACCCAAACCUCCAGGUGCUUCUGUUCUUCAUCUUCCUAGGAGUCUAUCUGGUUACAGUUGUGGGAAACAUGGGCAUGAUCAUCUUGAUUCUGUUCAGUUCUCAGCUGCACACACCCAUGUAUUAUUUACUCAGCAGUCUGUCCCUUAUUGACUGCUGUCAGUCCACUGUCAUUACUCCCAAAAUGCUGGUGAACUUUGUGACAGAGAUGAAUAUCAUCUCUUACCCAGAAUGCAUGGCUCAGUUCUACUUCUUCUGUAUUUUUGCUGUUGCAGAAUGUCACAUGCUAGCUGUAAUGGCAUAUGAUCGCUAUGUGGCUAUCUCUAACCCUUUGCUUUACAAUGUAACCAUGUCCUAUCAAGUCUGUUUGUGGAUGGUAGCCUGGGUAUAUGGUAUGGGCUUACUGAGUGCCACAGUUCACACUAUCUUCCUGAUAAGACUGCUCUUCUGUAAAGCUAAUAUAAUAAACCAUUACUUCUGUGAUUUCGUUCCAUUACUGGAGCUCGCUUGCUCUAGUACUUUUAUCAAUGAAGUACUAGCUUUGUCCUUCAGUGCAUUUAAUAUUAUUGCACCAGUUAUGAUCAUCCUUAGCUCUUAUGUCUUCAUCAUUGUCAACAUUCUUCAUAUUCAGUCUGCAGGGGGCAGGUCCAAAGCCUUCAGCACAUGCAGCUCCCACAUCUUGGCUGUUUCUGUCUUCUUUGUGUCAUUAGCAUUCAUGUACUUACAGCCAUCGUCAGUCAGCUCCCUGGGCCAAGGCAAAUUUUCUUCUGUGUUUUAUUCCAUUGUUGUGCCUAUGUUGAAUCCCAUGAUCUACAGCCUGAGAAAUAAAGAUGUCAAAGUUGCCCUUAAAAAGUUAAAACAGAAGAUAAGUUUCCUCACAACAAAAAAUAGUUUUCAUUAG